UUUUGGUUCAGGCCGCUUUGGCUAAAAGGAGCGCUCUUGAUGGCCCCACCCAGCCCACCGCGGCUGGCCACGGUGCCGCCGAGGCUGGGCCUCGCUUCUCUCUCCUCGCCCGCCUCCGAGCCCACCCCCCCCGCGCGAUGCACGGCGGCGCGCCCGCCGCCCUCGGGCGCCUGCCCGCCCUCAGGCCUCCCGCCCUCGACCGCCUAGACAGCGCGUUCGCGGGCCUCUCGUCCGCGCAGCCGCCCGCCGCCGGCGAGGCGGAGGGCGGCGAGCAGCCACCGCGGCUGGAGGCGCUGCUGGCGGAGCUUGUCGUCCAGCUUGAGCUCGGGCAGCGCCGCGCGCUCGAGGCGUUCGCGGAGGCCCGCGCCAGCGGCCCGCACUCGGCGCCGCGCUCGCCGGAGAGGCCGAGGACGUUCGCCGCGGAUCGCCGCCAGGACAAGGCGCCGCUCGGCGAGAGACUGGGAGGCGUUCGCGGGCUCCGUGCCGACGCGCAGCGAGUCCCCGGCGAAGGCGCCGCCGACGCCGUCGAGGGCACAGACGCCGAACACGCCCACCAAGCGGCACGGCGGCAACAAGGGGCCUCGCAAGUCGGUGAAUUCGAGCAGCUUGCAGAGCAUGUUUUCCGCUGCCUACUCCCUCUGGGAGGGUAGCAACGUGUCGAAAGAGCCAGAGCGGACACCGGCGGGCUCGACUGGGGCCAUCGAGUUGAUUGAGCACGACCCGAUCGGUUCUUACGACCUUCAGGGACUAUGGCUCGACUCGGCCCCGACGACCAGAAGCUCUACAGUUUGGAUGAAGAUGCCGUGGUCCUUCCGUAGGUUCGUUGCUAACUUCGACUGCGGCAAUUCGGCGGCGCAACAGAGGGUGCAAAAGCUUGUGUCCAGUACAUGCUAUGAGGUGUGCGUAAUGCUGCUGAUCCUCGCAAACUCCGUAUAUCUGGGCUGGCAGGUGGAGUACGAGGCCCAGACCCAGAAGAAGCUGCCCAUGACCAGCGAGGUGGAGGCCUUUUUCUGCAUCGUGUUCACCGCGGAGUUGGCGAUGAAGAUGUACGGCAUGGGGUGCCACUUCUGGACGGGGGGCGAUGCAGCAUGGAGCUACUUCGACGUCUUCGUGGUGCUGCUGAUGGUCCUGGAGUUUUUCGGUAAUGUGAAUCAGCAGGUGUCCGGGCUGCGCAUACUGCGCGUACUUCGAGUCGUCCGGUUCUUGCGCUCUGUCAGGCAGUUGAGAUUCUUCGCACAAUUGCGGAUCAUGAUCCGGUCGAUCAUGUUCUCGUUGCGGCCCCUGUUGUGGGCCUCCAUCGUCCUCAUGGGCAUGUUCUAUUUGUUUGGGUUGUGCUUCACUCAGGGGGUGACAGACCACUUGCGCGAGCACGACUUAUGGGAGGACAGCUCAACCGCAGACCUGCGCCGCUAUUUCGGCACACUUCAUCGGUGCGCGCUCUCUUUGUUCGAGGCGAUGUCUGGGGGGAUCAACUGGGGGGUGCUCUUCGACACGCUGUCGCCCCUGCAGCUGCGCUUUCGAUUCAUGUUCCUAUUCUUCGUUCUGUUCGCACGGUGGCGGAUCUUCGGAACGGCAAAUGUCGUUACUGGGAUCUUUGUGGAGAUAGCCAACCAUUGGGCGCGCAGUGACAGCAGUUCAAUGGAACAGUUUGCCGCGGAGAAAAGGACCAAUGUCAUGAGUCGGUUGAGAGACCUCUUCCAGGAUUUGGACACAGGCGGCGACGGGAGAUUGACUCUCGAAGGCAUGAGGCACGUCAUCUUCAACGUGAGCAGGGGCUUGAUUGACAGGUUCCACGCCUUGGAUUUGGAGGUGACAGACGUGCGAACGCUUUUCUUGCUUCUGGACCGCGAUCAAAAAGGCCACAUCACCCUGGACGACUUUUUGCUCGGCUGCCUCCGGCUCACGGGCGAGGCUAAGACGCUGGACGUGAUGAAAUUGCAAUACCAGUGCGAAUGGAUGAUGCACACCAUCAGUACGAUCGUCGAGGCCCAUGAGGCGCAGACGCGUGCGGCCUCGCUGGUCUCACAACAGCGGUCUGGCGGAAGUCCAACGCCAGCGUCGGAGGCGGAACCCGAGCUGACGUCGAGGGUUGGCCUCGGAUGCAGGUCGGCCGCUGAAGUCGGGCACGGGGGCGGCCUCACGGUCACUUGGUGCGAUCACCAGAUGGGCCAGGUAACGGACAGCGCAGUCACGGUGGGCUGUAAGCGGCGGUCAUCGGGCUCGAAGGACUCUGAGGUGGCUGUUUGACGGCAGUUAGCCACGCGCAUAAGUGGGGGGCGGCGUGCCCCUGGCUUGAUACAGAGGCGGCCGGCGCCUUCUGAGUGGCAGCCUCCUGCUAUGGAGCCCUCCCCCCCUCCCUCUUUCCCCCUUGCACCGUGCGCGCCGCCAGCGGUGCUGCGAGCGGCUCGCUCGGCAUCGCUCGGACGCGUGCAGUUUUCCUUCGGCGGGGACCAUCGAGGAGCAUCCUUCCUAUCAUUUCGGGGGGGGGGGAGGGAGCAGAGGGCGCACACCGUGGCGCGCACUCGCGGCGGGACGCGGGGGCGCCGCCCCCGGGCAGACCUCGAGGUCCCUGGCGGCGGUCUGAGCUGCUCUGACGGAUGGCGCCCCCCGCCGGAGCGGGGGCGCUUUUCUUUUCCAUGUGCGGCCGCCCCCGUCUCUUCUCUAGCCCCAGACCCCC